GAUGGAGCUGCUAUUGUUUUUGAAUGUUUACAUUUUUGAAAAAAAAUGCCCUUUAAAUGUGUAAAAAAUUCAUUAUUAUUAUUUGUAAUCGAUUUUUAUCAUAAGAAAAAAUAAUUCAAUAGUAUACUAAAUGUAUUAAAUGUAUUAACUUUAUAAUAAUGACAAGUUUUAUGAAGUAAAUAGACGUUAACAAUUUUCACUUUUGUUGUCGAUACGGAAGUGGUUGUUGACAGGUGACGAUGCUUCAUAUAGAGUUGUGAAAUAAGCAUUGUAUUGUUUUCUUUGCAUGAAUUUUCCAAUAAAAAAUGAUACUUUCUCGAGCAAAACCGGCUCUAUCAGAUGCCAGUCGAAAGUUACAGACACGAAAAUCCGUCCCACAGCUUCAAGAAUUUCUUGAAAGACGUGACUACUCUGGUGCGUUAACUCUUGUAGAGUUCAAUGCAACUAAUAAUAAUGCUACGGAUACGGAUAUGUGGAUUGCUUAUUGUUCAUUUCAUCUUGGAGACUAUAAAAAAGCAGCUUCAGUUUAUGAAAAUCUUAAAAAGAAAGAUCAAAAACCGCCAGAAGUUCAUACUAAUUUAGCUUGUUGUUAUUUUUUUCUUGGAAUGUAUCCUGAAGCUAAAGAUGCACUUAUUGAUGCUCCAGAAAGUGGUUUAAAGACUAGACUUUUAUUUCAUUUAUCUCAUAAAAUGGGAGAUGAAGCAAAAUUAACAGAAUAUCAUGGAAAGCUCAAAGAUGUUAUUGAAGAUCAAUUGUGUUUAGCUUCUAUCCAUUAUUUACGAGCUCAUUACCAAGAAGCAAUUGAUAUUUACAAAAAAAUUCUUCUUGAUAAUAGGGACUAUUUGGCAUUGAAUGUGUAUGUGGCAUUAUGCUACUAUAAAUUAGACUAUUAUGAUGUAGCUCAAGAAGUCUUGCAAGUUUAUCUUCAAAAAUAUCCAGAUAGUGCAAUUGCAAUUAAUUUAAAAGCUUGUAAUCAUUUUCGAUUAUAUGAUGGAAGUACGGCUCAAUCAGAAAUGAAGCAACUGGUGGAAAAAACCUCAUCUUCUUAUAGUUUUGGUCAUGAUUUAAUUCGUCAUAAUACAGUCGUUUUUAAAGAUGGUGAAGGAGCAUUACAAGUUCUUCCUGGCUUAGUGGAUGUCAUUCCAGAGGCCAGAUUAAAUCUAGUUAUUUAUUAUUUGAAAAAAAAUGAGAUUCAACAAGCCUUCGAUUUAAUUAAAGAUCUAGAACCAGCUGUACCCCAAGAAUUUAUUCUUAAAGGGACUGUUAAUGCUUUAAUUGGUCAAGAGACUCGGUCACGUGAAAGUAUAAAAAUUGCUCAGCAAUAUUUUCAUUUAGUUGGCUCAUCUGCUUCUGAAUGUGACACAAUUCCAGGCAGGCAUUGCAUGGCUGCAUGUUUUUUCCUUUUACGACAAUUUGAAGAAGUUUUAGUCUAUUUAAAUUCGAUAAAAACAUAUUUUUCUAAUGAAGACAGCUUUAAUUUUAAUUAUGCUCAAGCUCAAUCUGCUGCUGGAUACUUUAAAGAGGCGGAAGAAGCUUUUCUUCUUAUUCGAAGCGAGCGAUUGAAAAGUGAUUAUGUGUAUAUAAGCCUUUUAGCUUAUUGUUAUAUAAUGAAUAAAAAAGCGCAGCAGGCUUGGGAUCUUUAUUUAAAAAUGGGAACCACAUCACAGACUUUUAAUCUUUUGCAAUUGAUUGCCAAUACAUGUUAUAAAAUUGGAGAAUUCUGGUAUGCUGCAAAAGCCUUCGAUAUGUUGGAGAGAAUGGAUCCAUCUCCAGAACAUUGGGAAGGUAAACGAGGAGCUUGUUGUGGAACUUUUCAGUAUAUCGUUGCGGAAAAAUUACCAAAAGAGUUACUGACAGAAGUUAUUCAAUUACUCAGAAAUACUUCAAACUCCCAAGUAGAUCAAAUUAUUCGUGUAAUGAGAAAAUGGGGUAAAGACAACAGGAUUCCGUGUUGAUAGUAAAAAAAAUAUCAAUAGGAUAAUCUUAUUGAUCAUUCCGUCCAUUCGUGCCUCAACUUAGUAAAUUUUAAUAAUUGUAACAUAUCAUUUAAUUUCUGAAACAAAAAUUUUUAUUUAAUUAUUUUAAAAUUAAAUUAAAUACAUUUUAAAAAGAGUUUAUGUAUCAUUGUCUGUUAUACUGUCUACGAAUUAUUUACAUGUCUUUUUUAUUCAUUUUAAUUUAAAUGGCCUUUCCUCUGUGCGAUUGUAGGUGUCACGACCAUCACUAACAAAAAGUUUUAGUAAAUUAAAUUUUUGUUGUUAUUUUUCAAUUUAAUGUGAUACAAAAAUAAUAUUACUUCUAUAAAAACUUCAAAUUUGUUCAGAAUUUAGUUCUGAAUUAAUAAAAACUGACUGUAUGUAAAACAUACAGAAUAAACAUCGAUCCAUCCAGUUUAUCUACUAACCUUUUAGAGGUUAAUUCCAAUAAUCUUAAGUUGUAU